CUACUGCAUCGUCUCGAACCGGCCUCCCGGUUCUCCGCAUCUCGCCUUCCAAAAGAAAACUGCGGGGUUAAGCGUGGGCUGGACACGGCUUCCCAUAGUUAGGCGGCGGCAGCGGUGAAACGUAAACGUGGGAGAGCUCAUACGCCGUAAUCAUCAUGCCAGACUCACCUGUCCUCAAACCACUCACCUCCUCCCUCUCCCUCUCCACUACUUCCACCCAGACUUCUUCCCAGACCCGACUCAACCAGAUCUCCUCGCACAUCGAACCAAUGGCUGCUACCGCUUUCGACGCGAAUGUCGUCCCCCAGGCGCCCGAAGACCCGCUGUUCGGGCUGAUGGCUGCCUUCCGCCGCGACGAGGACCCCAACAAGGUCGACCUGGGCAUUGGAGCCUACCGAGACGACAAUGCAAAGCCCUGGAUCCUGCCCGUCGUCAAGAAGGCCGAUGACAGACUCCGCGACGACCCCAACCUCAACCACGAGUACCUCCCCAUCGCCGGUCUCGCAGAGUUCACAACCGCCUCCCAGAAGCUAGUCCUCGGCGGUGACAGCCCCGCCAUCAAGGAGAAGCGGGUCGCCAGCUUGCAAACCAUCUCCGGUACCGGUGCCGUCCACCUGGGCGCCCUCUUCCUCGCCAAGUUCUACAAGACCAAGAGCCAGCGAACCGCCUACUUCUCAGACCCCACAUGGGCGAACCACUUCCAGAUCUUCUCCAAUGUCGGCCUCGAACACAAGACAUACCCCUACUUCUCCAAGAAGACAAAGGGCCUCGACUUUGAUGGCAUGAUCAAUGCUCUGCAGGAUGCCGCCGAGGGUAGCAUCAUCGUACUGCACGCGUGCGCCCACAACCCCACCGGUGUCGACGCUACGCAGGAGCAGUGGAAGAAGAUUGCCGACGUGAUCAAGUCGAAGAAGCACUUCCCCUUCUUCGACACAGCAUACCAGGGCUUUGCUUCCGGCGAUCUCGCAACCGACGGCUGGGCAAUCCGCUACUUUGUCGAGCAAGGCUUCGAGCUCUGCAUCGCGCAGUCAUAUGCGAAGAACUUCGGCCUGUACGGCGAGCGAGCAGGCUGCUUCCACUUCGUCACCUCUCCUUCAUCCGAUGCCGAAAACACCAUCAAGCGCAUCGCCUCGCAGCUCGCCAUCCUCCAGCGCUCUGAGAUCUCAAAUCCUCCCGCCUACGGCGCCCGUAUCGCCUCGACCGUCCUCAACGAUCCCCAACUCUUUGCUGAGUGGGAAGACAACCUCCGUACAAUGUCUGGCCGUAUAAAGGAGAUGCGCAAGGCGCUUCGCGGCAAGCUCGAGGACAUGGGCACACCAGGUACAUGGAACCACAUCACAGAGCAGAUCGGCAUGUUCAGCUUUACUGGCUUGACAGAGCAGCAAGUGCUGAAGAUCCGGGAAGACUCGCAUGUAUACAUGACCAAGAAUGGUCGCAUCUCCAUGGCUGGUCUGAACACGCACAACAUUGACUACUUUGCCAAGGCUGUUGACAAGGUCGUGCGGGAGACGCAGUAGAUAGCAACCUGUGAAGGUUCUUCGGUAAUCUGACCGGCUAAGACACGGCGGGUACCGGGAAUGUGUUACGAAUAUACGAGAUAGAAGAGCUAGCAUAGACUAAAUCCUCACCUCAUUCAGAGACUUGACUAUGUUCUCAAAAAUCAUGAAAUGGAGUGGAGAUCCGAUUUCACUUGAUCGAGUGCGCUAAUAAACUAG